AUGAGGCUCAAGAACCAUAGUAGUGUGUCUGAGUUCCUUCUCCUGGGGCUUCCCAUCAGAGCAGAGCAGAGCGGCAUCUUCUUUUCCAUGUUCCUGGCCAUGUACCUUACUACAGUGCUGGGGAACCUGCUCAUCAUCCUGCUCAUCAGGCUAGACUCUCACCUCCACACCCCCAUGUACUUCUUCCUCAGUCACUUGGCCUUCACAGACAUUUCAUUUUCAUCUGUUACUGUUCCAAAGAUGUUAACAAAAGUGCCGAACCAGAACAUACCCAUUACCUAUGAGGGGUGUGUUUCACAGACCUACUUCUUCAUAUUCUUUGCAGAUUUGGACAGUUUCCUUAUCACUUCAAUGGCCUAUGACAGAUACAUGGCUAUCUGUCACCCUCUAAACUACACUACCAUCAUGAAUCAGAGCCGUUGUGCUACUCUAGUAGCUAUAUCCUGGAUCAUAGCUUCUGCUUGUGCUCUUUUGCACACUCUUCUCUUAGACCAACUUUCCUUCUGUGCUGACCACACUAUCCCACACUUCUUCUGUGACCUGGGUGCCCUGCUCAAGUUGUCCUGCUCUGACACAUCACUCAACCAAUUAGUAAUCUUCACAGCAGGUUUGGCUGCCAUUAUGCUUCCAUUUCUAUGCAUCCUUAUCUCUUAUGGACAUAUUGGGUUCACCAUCCUCCAGGUUCCCUCAACCAAGGGCAUCUGCAAAGCCUUGUCCACUUGCGGGUCCCAUCUCUCAGUGGUGGCUCUCUAUUAUGGGUCCAUUAUUGGUCUCUACUUUCUGCCCCCAUCCAACAGUACAAUCAACAAUAACAUAGUUGCUUCAGUGAUGUACACAGUGGUCACUCCCAUGCUGAACCCUUUCAUUUACAGCCUGAGAAAUAAAGAUAUGAAAGGGGCUUUAAGAAAACUCUUGAGUAAGAAGACAGGGUUUUCCAACUGA